AUGACCUUGAAGAUGGUCGCGGCCAAGAAGAGCGCAGGCGCUGUCGUGGUCCUCCUGGCGGCAUCAUGCAGCAAAGCUGUGUCCUUCAUGGCCCCUCCCCCAUCUACUACAUCCGCUGCGGCCGCUUCGAAGACUUUCAACCGCUGUCGAGCUGCGGACGCAUGCCGCCGCUGCUCGUUGGAUGUCACACCCACAACGUCCGACGCAAACGAAAGAUGGCAGCGGCAAGAACGGCAAUGGCAAGGGGGUAGCAGAGGACAAAGGCGAGGCAGGAGGAGUAGCGAGCUGUGGUGGGGAAAGGUCGGGAAGCUGGCGUCCUCAAAACCUUCGGAAGAUUUCGCUGGAGAGGGACGAGCAGAUGGCGGGUCAACUACAGCAGGUGUCGCACAAGGCCGCGAGGCUCUAGGGGGAGGGGGUUCCGCGGCAUCAAUGAACCAACGACAGGGGGCGCCGGCCUCGGAGGAGGUGCUGGGAGCGGACUCUCCGGUGACAUCGGCGGCGGUGGCGGAAGCAGGCAGGGGUAAGGACAAGGAUAGCCUGGAGUGGUCCGAGGUGGGGACCGAGUGCCAGAAGAGGGUCUACAUAUGCACCAACAGGUGGUGCAUGGAGAAGGGCUCCGCGGCUACGCUAGGUUCCUUCGUAGGGCUCGCGCCUGAAGGGGAGGUGCUGGUUCAGGGGGUCAACUGCCUCGGCAGGUGCAACAAGGGGCCUAACGUGCGAGUGCGGCAGGAGACCGGGAACUGGCUGGAGUUCAACCGCAUCGAGAACGUGGAGCGCGUAUACAAGAUCCUCAGGGAUUACCUGGGUGCUGAUGUUUCCAAGGAGGCGGCGUUGUGCCUAAAGUACAACUUCCUGGCUAACGCUGCCUUGAACCGCAACGAGGUGACCCUGGCCAUCGACUACUACGACAAGGCCAUCGACACCGGCUACGCGGAUCAGCAGGGUGUAUUGCUGGUAAGGACAAGUUGUGGGAGGGAAGGGUCAUGGUGCGGGACAGUUGUAGAUGAUGAGGUGAUGAGGGCGACGGCCUUCAUCCAGAGGGCCUACAGCCACGGCCGGGCGCUGACCGAACUCCUACAGAAGGUCGUCGUCGACAGACCGACACAGACGACGCUCGAUGUCUUGCACGAGCUGUGGGAGGCAAGCGGGGCCAGCGCGAGGAUGGUUCUCCUCGGAAAGUUUGCCCAGGACUGCGAGGGAAGAGGAAGCCUUUACCAGAAAACCAAGUUCCGUUACGGCCUGUACGAGUUCGCUCUCUUAAGGGUGGGUGAAAUCUCUCGGCACGGAUAG